AUGAACUCCAAAACUUUCCUCAUCUUCUUCUUAUCUUCUCUUAUGAUCAUCACAAACAUCGUCUUAGCGCAAGACCGAGCUCCUCACGGUUUGGCUUAUGAGACCCCCGUGGCGUUUUCACCUUCUGCUUUUGACUUCUUUCACGCGCAACCAAAAAAUCUGGAUACCACUUUAGACCCUUGCGCUGAGUCGAACUGCUCACCUCUCCCUGUGGCUGCAAAGGUUCAAGGAGCUUCUGCAAAAGCACAGCAAAGCGAGAUAGCAACAAUGUCGAUUGGUUCGAGAAGCAGAGUAGGAGCUGGUUGUGUCGUUGGGAUCAUCUUUGGGCUUGUGUUUGCUGUGCUGAUGUGA